CAUUCGACAAAGAGGGAAGACUCUUUCAGUUUUGAAUUGAUUACCUCCUGCUUAUAGAAAGAAGAAACCAGAGGGUCUCGCCAGCCAGCGAUCCGUGAAACAAUUACGUCCCACCACGAAAUGUUAAUAUAUUAUUCUUCCCUCCCGCCAUUCCCAAACGCAGCGGGGUUCUUUGCCCUAUACGUCGGUUACUAACCCAAGUGCUAGAAGCGUCGUUUUAUCGCGGUCCAAGGUGGAAGGCGUGAAUUCUCGUCUUUCUGUAUAUAUAUAAAGAAACGUGCAACACUUGGGUCUGCACUAAACCGUUGGUGUCUGUUAUCCGGAGAACAUCAAAACAAGCGACGAUGGCAAACUUGUGUGCAUUCAUUUCGUUGGCUGCAUUUCUGGCUGUCGGAAUACCAUCGCUGGUUAUGGGCCAGGUAGUUUUACCCGGUGAAUGCCCAAAAUACGCGACGCAGGCUCGGUUUAAUCCAGCUCAGUUCAUCGUUUCGAGGUGGUACGAGAUCAGUCGGUAUCCGUCGGCUUUUGAAGAUGACACCAGGUGUUCUGUGGUGGACAUAAAGCCUUCGAGACAAGGUGCUCUCAAGAUGUCUUUCAAGGGAAUCAGUACUACGGAUGGUGGCGCUACAGUGGCUGCAGGCAAUGCUUAUUUCGACUACGGUGAAUUGAGCAAAUUCGUCGUUCAGAUUCCCGUCAUUAGCUGGAAUACAACUUUGCCCAUUCGUUUCUGGAUUAUCUCCACUGAUUACACGAACUACGCGGUGGCCUGGAGUUGCAAUCCUCUUUGCACCGGAUUCCGACAAGAACAACUUUGGGUUUUGGGUAAGCAAACGACACUACCAGCAACUGUUUGGGAGACAGUCAACUCGCAGUUCUUCGCCAAAGGACCUUUCAAAGCAAGCAAUCUGAUUCCGGUCGACCAGAAAGACUGCCCAUCAAUUUUGUAGGGAUGACGUACCUUUCUGUUUAGACGUAGGGAUUAACGAGGUGUCAAUCAAAUGCGGCAAUCUGAAACCACAGAUCAUAAUCGCUCUUUCUUCAUGACUUUUGGGAUAUUAUCAGAAUUGUUCUUUCGUUACUUUCGGAUGGGUGGGUUGUGGAAGGUAGCUUCGGUGGGCAGUGUACGGUACAUGCAAUAUAAAUAUCGAAAAGUCUUCCUGUUUGUCGAACGAUAUGUAUACGAUGAAAAACAAGACAAACACAAUAUACAGUUGAUAAUGGC